AUGAAAAAGAAACACCACUUCGUAAAUAAAAAUUAUAUAAAAAGUAAAAGUUAUCAUAGAAAGAAAAAGAAGUACUUUAUAGAUCAAAAAUUUCUACGUAAAUAUAAAAAAAGUAUAAUAAAUGAAAAUAAAGUUGAAGUUACAAAAAAAGAUCCUAUAGAAAAUUUCUUUUUUACACCAAUAAGAAAAGAAAAAGAUGUAGGAAAAGAUGAAUUAGAAGAAAAAGAAAAGAAACAUAAAGAAAGCUAUAAUUUAAAUAUAGAAAAACAAAAUAAUUUAUAUAGAAAAGAAGGUUCUAAAAAAGAUAAUUUUCAUGAUAAAUGUAACAUUAUCCAUAAUUUAAAUGAAAAUGAUAAUUCUACAGAAAAUAAUGAAGAAAAUAAUGAAGAAAAUAAUGAAAAAAAAAAUGAAGAAAAAAAUGAAAAAAAAAAAAUUAUAAUUGGUAAUAAUAUGAAAAAAAGAAAAAAAGGGUCUAUUUAUAGUAAAGAAAUUAAUUAUAGCAACUUAAAAAAAAAGGAAAAAGAAAUGUAUCUUAAAGAAAAAGAAGCUACACUUUUAAAAAAUGAAAAAGAAAGAAGAAAAAAAAGAUUAAUUAGAAUCCAAAAGUUUAAGAAGUUAAAUAAAAAAACAAAAAAAGGACAACCUAUUAUGAGUAAUAUAAUAAAUCAUUUAUUAAAAAAAAUAUAA